GAACAUUGAGGCUACAAGAUGAUUUUUUUUGGAGUUUUCUUCAUUUUCUUAACAAGUAGUGUAAAAAGUGAAAACUGUGGUAAGAUAUUCACCCAAAACCAAUUUAUCUUAACCAGCGAAAACUACCCGCAACCAUAUCCGAACAACAAAGUCUGUUUUUACUUGCUCAAAGGCAACAAUAAUUGCACAAAAGAAUUUCGAAUCGAAUUUCUCGACUUCGAUUUGCCAAAAACAGUGGGUUGCGUUAAGAACAGAUUGGAAAUCGGAAGUCAAGAUGCAUUGUGCGGCGCUAAAAAUGGAUCCAAAGUUUAUCCUAGUGAACGCGGGUUGUUGAAAUUGAAGUUUGUCUCUGAUGGACAAGAAGUGGAGGAAAAAGGGCGUGGAUUUAGGCUUUUUGUUACCAGAAUUGAUAACGAUUUUUGUACAGUGGAAACUACUAGAAGUGAUAAUAAUAACGAAUUUCCAGUUAAUAAAAUCAACACAACCUAUUUACCUCCAGCCUCAAACCCUUGCUGCCUCAACAACAUUUUUUCUUCGAAGACAUUUUUACUAAUCAGUCCUAAUUUUCCGUAUUCGAAUAAUCAGGCCAAAAAUUGCACUUUUAUUAUAAGAAAAUUCAGCUCAUCAGUGUGCAGGCUUAGAAUUAAAAUACUAUUUUUUAAUCUUGGACCAGUGAGUGGGAAAACUUGCCCGUAUGGUUAUCUAGAAAUCGAUCGGAAAUUAAUUUGUGGAUGUAAUGCAGAUUUGCAACUUACUACAAAUUUCUAUGAGGAAAAUAAAUUUUUCAAGUUUUAUAGUGAAGGAUUUGGUCUAGAGGGAGCUAAUGGGUUUGCAUUGGAAGUGGUACAGGAUGAGUGUCAGAAGAGAUAUGAGCCAGAGGAUGGCAUUGAAAAGUUAACCAAGAACAAGUUUAGAUUUUACAACGACCAAAACAACAGAAUUCAAUUUCCAAUCAUCGACCAACUAAAACUAAUCGAAGAAAAAAAUUAUUAUUCAACAAACGAAAAUAAACAUAUUUACUUUUUCGCGCCUGAGGACGAAAAUAACAGUGACGAAACUUUGUGGACCCGAGAAGAGGAGAAAGAAAAAACCAUUAACAACAUAGACAUAUCGUCAAACAUCAACAAUAUCUUAACAAAUAAAAAUCGACAAUGCUUUAACUGGAACAAUAAUCAAUUGGCAAAUUUACAAAAACGAUUUGGCCAAAGUUUGACGCAAAUGUGUAAAUUUGUACAAGAUAGUAGGAACGAUAAUUGCAUUAUUUUGAGAAACUUGUCCGGCAAUUUCCAGAGUCCUGGUUUCCCUGCAACAUACCCAGCAAAUAUGAACGUUUGUUUUAGGUUUGCCCUAUCUCCUGGCUAUUGUGCUAUUAAAAUGUAUUUUGAGGAGUUCGAUAUUGAGAGGAGUUACGAUUGUUUAAAAGACUAUUUGAGUGUAGAUCAGUACAGAUAUUGUGGAAAAUAUUUGAGGAAUAGACAAGUGACAAUUAACUCCUACAAAUCCCUGAUAUUCAUGUCGGACGCUAAUUACUGUGGAAAAGGCUUCUCAGCGUUGUAUCAACAAGUAAGGUGUCAGACACCCGACAACGACAGCAAUAAUUCGAUUAGGCCGUCCAUCAACUGUAAUCCUGCUGGAGGAAAAAGUGCUGAUGGCGAUAAUAGUAUCCCCACUUCCAUGAUACCUCCUGUUGCUUGCGAAAAAGUUUUUGCUGACAAAUACUUUAUUAUCAGAAAUGAAUUUGUCGGAUCGAAUUUAUGCUUCUAUGAUGUUAGAAGACAUAAUAAGAAUAUUUGCAAAUUACGUCUUGAUUUCGAUCAGUUCAAUAUUCCAUGCCACUUAGCAUCGAUAAGAAUCAACGGUAGAUUAUAUUGUGGACAAAAAUCUGGACAAUCAGUAAUUAUUCCAAUGCGAGACAAUGUGUCGAUAGUUUACAAAAAUAAUGGCCAAUAUUUAAAUCCAGAUCCAGAUGCGCUUUUUAUACGAGGCAUGCAAAUCGAUACAGAUUGUGACGUUAUUCCAGAAGCAGCUCGUAUUGUAAGCCCUGAAAUUUAUUAUCCCACGCAAACAGAAGUGUCGCUUUACAGAAGUGUGAAUAAUUGAUUAUAAAUUAAAAGAGUCAUUGAUGUUAUAUUUGUUUUCAGGUGUUUGUUCUCUUGAUUGUGAUAAAAUCCUUUAACAAACAUGAUUUGUCAAAUUUUAAUGAAGUUUAUUUUAAUCGAAUCCCAUGUUUUUGAAUAAUAUAUUUUUAGAUCUGUUUCGUUUGAGGUUAACGACAUAAAAAAUUUGCUAAUUGGGUUUUGAAUAAAUCUGUGUCAUAUCCAGUACUGUUAUGUAUAAAAAUAGGAACACAAUGGGUCAUAAUCUGAAAAGUAGAUUUAACAUAUUGUGUAAAACAACCCCUUUUUUU